GGUAUAAAAAGUGACCUUGGCAAAUGCGUAAAUAGGUCAGGUUUCGGCAUAGGUCCAUAACUUCAUGGUAUCAUCGUGAUAGUAAAAAAAAACAGAAGAGUACUUUUCUCCUCGUUGAGUUUUAAUAAUGACCGAACGCAAAGUCCUAAAUAAAUAUUUCCCUCCAGACUAUGAUCCUUCAAAAAUACCUCGUCUUAGAAGAGGCGACCGACGUAAACAGUUUAAUAUCAGAACAAUGGCUCCAUUUAACAUGAGGUGCAAUACGUGCAAUGGUUAUAUAUACAAAGCUAAAAAAUUCAAUUCGCGAAUGGAAACUGCAGAAAAUGUCGAUUACUUGGGCCUAAGACAUUAUCGGUUUUACAUCCGAUGUCCUUUGUGCUGUGCUGAGAUUAUCUGGCGUGUAAGCUCUCUGAGUUUCAUUUUCUACGUCAACUGUUGUUCAUAGACUGAUUUAGAAAGCGGAGAUUACGUCCUAGAAAGUGGAGCUAAAAGAAACUUCGAAGCAUUAAAAACGGCUGAAGAACUGGAAGCUAAACGUCAAGCUGAAGAGGAAGAGGAACUUGCUAACAACCCAAUGAAAUUACUGGAAAAGAGAACUGAUCAAAGCAAACAAGAGAUGGAAAUGGUCGAAGUAAUCGAAGACUUGAAACAGUUAAAUCAACGUCAAGCCACCAUGGAAGCAGAUCAUGUUCUUUUGAGGCAAAUGUGGCGAGAAGAAGAAGCUGUCAAGGAGGCUGAAAAAGAAGCAGACGAUGCACUAAUAAAGGAAUUACUUGCUUCAAAAUCCGAGCAAGUCCACUUAUUACCAUUGGAGUUUGGAGGUGAAAAUUCCUCUAAGCCGAUCAGAAUACCAGCUUUGAAAGAUCUUAUGAAAGUCAAUAGAAAGGAACCAGUAGAAAUUGGGAAAUCUUAUCUAAAGCGACAACUUCAAGGUGUUUUACGGGUGCAAAAGAAGUCAGUAUCAGAAACUAAAAUUCCAAAGCUUGAUGGUGAUUCUAAAGCAUUGACCAUGAAUAACAUAAAUGUUUCAAAUUCCUCAACGAAUAAUUCGUUAACAAAUGAUAAAUCAAAAGAUAGUAAUGUUAAUCAACAGGUGUCAUGUACCAGUAAUGAUAAUAAUGAUAAUACUCAGCCGUGUCAACCAUUACCUGGAAUGGUUUAUUCAGACCAUAGUGAUAGUGAUUGAGACAGGAAAAGGAUAACUGUAAAUAACUGAUACACCUAUCAUCUUGUACAGUUUUUAUGAAUUUUUAAAAAGCUUUUUUGAGAUACUGUGAUGUAUUUCUUCUUUGAGCUAUUUUGAAGUAUUUCUACUAAUAAUUCUAACGAUUUCCUCCAAAAUGAUACUCUUUGGUUACACACCACAUUAUCUAAAGAAUAAACC